AUGUUAGAAUAUCAAAGAAAGUAUGUGUGUAUGAAAUGUAAAUUUGAAAACACUAUUGAAGCAGAUUUUGAGAAUAGAUACAUCUUGAGAGCUCCAACUAAAUGUGGAAACACUGAAAUGAGAUGUAAAUGUUCUACUUUUACUCAAAUUAAUUUGGUUUCUAGGGAGCAUUGUAGAGAUUAUCAAGAAAUAAAAAUCCAGGAACAAGUUAAUAAGCUUAGUAUUGGGACAAUUCCAGGGUCAAUGUGGGUUGUUCUGGAAGAUGAUCUUGUUGACUGUUGCAAACCUGGAGAUGAUGUGAUCAUAUGUGGCAUUGUACGUCGCCGUUGGCGUCCACCAGUAAACAAUAAAAAAUCAGAAGUUGAAAUUGUAUUACAAGCCAAUUACAUUGAAGUCAGUAAUUCCCAGAAAUCAGAAGCUAUAGCAUCGGCGCCGGAUGUUAAAGACUGUUUUGAUGAAUUUUGGUCUAAAUAUAAACAAUGUCCCUUAAAGGGAAGAGAUCAAAUUUUAUCUUCUGUAUGUCCUCAGGUUUAUGGGCUCUAUCUGGUAAAACUAGCUGUUUUACUUACAGUUAUCACUGGUUCUAACCAUAUUGUUGAAACCAAAAAUUGUAUUGAAGACAAACACACCAUGCAUGUUCGUGGACAGUGUCAUUUGUUGCUUGUUGGAGAUCCAGGGACUGGUAAAUCUCAGUUAUUAAAGACGGGUGCGGAAUUGACUCCACGUUCUGUGUUUACAUCUGGCGCCGGCAGUACAAGGGCUGGAUUGACUUGUGCAGCUCUUAGAGAAGAUGGUGAAUGGCAGUUAGAGGCUGGUGCAUUAGUGUUGUCAGAUGGAGGUGUUUGCUGUAUUGAUGAGAUUUCACAUCUGAGGGACCAUGACCGCACCGCCAUACACGAAGCUAUGGAGCAACAGACUAUAUCAGUUGCUAAGGCUGGUAUUGUAUGUAAAUUGAACACAAGGUGCGCUGUAAUAGCAGCCUGCAAUCCCAAAGGACACUAUCAAAGGGAUGAACCAUUGAGUGUUAAUGUAUCCUUGGGCACUCCGCUUUUAAGUAGAUUCGACUUGAUAUUUAUUUUACUUGAUUCUAAAAACAGUGAAUGGGAUGAAUUAGUUUCAACGUACAUAUUGUUUGGAGAUUCAGACGUUUCGGCUAAGAACAAAUGGGAUAUUGAAAAAUUACAAAUGUAUAUAAGCCUAAUUGGUCCAAGACCUACUGAAAUCACAAAAUCAGCAAAUAUAAUAAUCCAAACCUAUUAUAUGAUGCAAAGGAAGUCUGAAUAUAGAGAUCCUUCUAGGACAACUGUUAGAAUGCUUGACAGUUUAAUUAGGUUGUCUCAAGCCCACUGCCGUCUAAUGUAUCGAACAACGAUAUUACCAGUAGAUGCAAUUACAGCAGUAUCUUUAAUAGAUCUAUCAAUGCAGGAUUGCACAUUGGACAAAACUGUAGACGCCUUACAUUCAACAUUUCAAAAAUAUCCUGACUUUGAGUAUCUAUGUACAGCAAAACAACUUUUGACAAGAUUAAAUUUAUACGAGAUAUGGAAGGAAGAGUUAUUAUAUUAUGGUAAAAUACUCCAAGUUGAUCAUAAAACUUUAGAACAUCAUAUAGAUACUAAAUGCGAAAGUCUGUUCGCGAGAUAUGAUAAUGUGACCGAUAACAAUAUUCCUCUUUCAACAUCUAUCGUCACUAGUUCAUACUUUAAGAAGAACACAGAUGAAUGUGAUAAAAAUAUAACAAAAGAAGACACCAGUGAAGGUGUUAGCAAAAAGGAUAAAGUUAUUAAUGAUAAAUUAGCAGCAACUUUGAAAAAACAUGCAACUCUUAAUAAGGUUGAGAAAAAUCCACCAAUUCAAGAGAAAAAGAAACAAGUGAGACGUAAGCAAAAACAAGUAACUGUAGGUGUAAGUGAUUUAAUAAAAUCUAAAACAAAAAAGAUUAAAGAAUGUAUAACAAAUAGUGAUGAUGGAGGUCAUACAGCUUCUAAUAGUAAAAAUCAUCAAGCAGAUAAAAAUCUCAAAAAUUGUGAAGAUAUAGACAGUUUAGAGGAAGACUUUGCAAAUGAUGUUAAUACAGAUAAACAAAAAAUCAUAUUGAAAGAAACUAGUAGAAGUACCGAGGAUAAAAGGAUUUCUAAGAAUGAUGAAAAAGUUUCAGAUAUUGGAGGGAAGACAGUGGUUAAGAAACCAAAAUUGACUGUUAAUGCCAAAGUGUCCAAAAACUCAACUACCAAAAUAGAUUUUAGUUUAUCUACUGAAAGUGAUGAUGAGAGGGCAAUUGAUAAAAAUGCAAAUGAUGAAGCAGAAGUUAGUAAGAUAUCAAAUAAAACUCUUAACAAAUUAAAUCAGUUCAUAUUCAAAGAAACUUCUGAUUUAAAUAGAUUCUAUAAUGAAAAUCCUCAUAAUCGAUCCACAGAAAGUGAAACUGAAAAAAAUAAUUUAAUUAAAUCAAUAAAACCAGAAUCAAGUUCACAAAUUUCAAUGUUUGAGAGUUCAGACUGUGAAAUUGACUUGGAUAUAUGA